AUGAUUCAACAAUUUUGUAUCAACACAAUGACAACUUUCAAGAGAGAUUUGCCAUUUGUUAACUUGGAACAAUGGGAAAGAGUUAUGAGAGCAAAGGUCAGACAUCAUACUGUAAUCAAUGACGGUAGGUUAUUAGUUUUAUUGAUUAAAGCAAACCAACCAAAUGAAUUUCAAAUUUUAAUGAAUGAUAUACAAUUGAUGAAUAAUAAUAUGAAUAAUAAUAUGAUCAUAAUUAAUAACAAUAUUAAUAAUUUGAUAACCACUAUUAAUAAUAAUAAUACUACCAUGAAUAAUAACAUAAAUACAAUGAUGGCCAAUAUACAUAAUAAUUUAAAAUACAAUGAUAACAAAUAUGAAUAA